ACGCGCCAGUGUUAGGUGGUUAGUCAACCUGCCCGUUUCUUCAUGAAAUUGCAGCUGCGGAGAAAUAAAGAUGAUAUUCAAAGAGCGGACGCAUUCCUUCAUGGACCUUGAAUUAUUACAUACACACAUAACUCACAUAUAUAGAGUAUGAGCUCUCUAAUUAUUUACUAGUAUAAUAAACUUAGUCAACAUUUACUCGCACAAAGUUUUCCUCUUAAAACUUCUUUUGUUCCUCUCAAUAUUUUCAGCUCCUUUCUCUUCAUCUCUCAACUGUUCUGCCAAAUCAUAUUUCUCAGACCAUCUAUUUCAGCAUGCAAGAUGAUGUUUCUGGGAUAACAUAUAUUCCACUGCAUUUCAGUUUGACGGGUUAGAACCUAGAGCAGCUGCCCAAAUUUUCACAGAGGACUCUCGGUGAAUUAUAACAUUAUGCCUUGUUUGCCGUUCUUUUGUAGUAGGAAAUUGGAUCCAUCUAAACGUUUUGGUGAACUUGAUGAAGAGCUUUCAGGCGUCCAGGGUGCUAAAGUCUACUCCUAUAAAGAACUGAAAAUCGCAACCGAUGAUUUUAGUGAAGCUAAUAAAAUUGGAGAGGGUGGAUUUGGUCCUGUCUUUAAGGGAAAGCUAAAAAAUGGGGAUAUGGUUGCAAUAAAGGUUCUUUCAGCUAAAUCAGCACAAGGAACACAAGAGUUCUUGACAGAAAUUAAAGUUAUUGCUGAUAUAGAGCAUGAAAACUUAGUUAAACUUUGUGGCUGUUGCAUUGAAAAUAAUCAGAGAAUUUUGGUCUAUGAAUACCUGGAGAAUAACAGUCUUGCACAAACCUUGUUGGGUAGAGGUCACAGCAACCUUCAAUUUAAUUGGCGAACUCGAAGACGAAUAUGUAUUGAUGUUGCAAGAGGCCUUGCCUUUCUUCAUGAUGAAGUGAAGCCAUAUAUCGUUCAUCGCGACAUUAAAGCUGGAAAUAUCCUCCUUGAUAAGCACAUGACAGCCAAAAUCUCAGAUUUUGGUUUAGCAAAGCUCAUCCCUGAUAAUAUGACUCAUGUUAGCACCCGUGUUGCAGGAACAAUAGGUUAUUUGGCACCAGAGUAUGCAAUAAGAGGACAGUUGACACGUAAAGCAGAUAUAUACAGUUUUGGGGUUCUUCUGAUGGAAAUUGUUUGUGGGAGAUGCAACACAAACACACGUCUACCUGUUGAAGAGCAAUAUCUUCUUGAAAGGACAUGGGACCACUAUGAAAAAAAGAAGUUGUUCGAGUUGGUUGAUGUAUUCCUAAACGGAGACUUUGAUGCUGAAGAGGCUUCCAAUUUCUUGAAAAUCGGCCUUCUCUGCACGCAAGACAGCCCAAAGCUUCGGCCAACCAUGUCUACUGUAGUGAAAAUGCUAAAGGGUGAGUUGAACUGUAAUGAUAGAACUAUAUGCAAGCCUGGUCUAAUCUCUGAUUUCAUGGACCUUAAAAUUAAAAGCGCUCCUAAACCAGAGCCUGCUAUGAACAAGAACUCCUGCACUAAUACAUCCUCAGGCCUGUACAGUAAUGAUACCACCUUCUCAUCAAAAGAUUCAAGUCAUUCAACACAACCAACUAUGACCUUUACAGCAAUUAGCGAUAGAAGCGACUGAGCUGAAAUCAGAGCAAAAGGUCCAAAACAAUUUUUUGUUUGUUUAUUAUUGUAUCUGUUUAUCUCGUUUAGAUUAGUCUACGAAUGGAGCUUGUAAAAUUUGGUGUAGUUGUACCAUUUCUUCCUAUUUAACUAUCUCAAAGUUAGUAGUAAGUUUCACUAUGCACAUAAUUUUGAAAUACAAAUGUUUUUCUUGCAAA